UUAAAUAUAGGUGUAUUAGUAAGUGUAAUGGUAGGUGAUGAUGGAAUUGAUAGGGGUGAUCAUGAAGCAAUAGAAAAUUUUGUUGCAGAGUUAGCUGGGAUGUUAAAAUGGCCUGUUGUGAAUGACAAAGAAUCAGAGCUAGGAAGGUUUAGUGAUGAGUCUAUUUGUCUG